GUAAUUCCUGCUGUAUCUAACGUGAACUUGGGGGUUGCCCACACUUCCAAGAAAAGCUGAGCGACUGGCGUGCUUGCUCGACUGCCCGCAACUAGACCUGUAUAAAGAUGUCACCGCACCCUCCGUAUGUUCCGAACGAACACGACGUGCAGCUUCUGAAGGAGCACGUCCUUUCUGUUCACCCGGAUGCCCAGCAAGUCCUAGUGGACGCGCUAGAAGAGGGAUUGACUACAAAGCUGCUUUCAAGGUGGCUUACAGCUCGGAAAGGCGACGUGAAGGCUGCGGCGGCCAUGCUGGAGAAGCACGUGGCUUGGCGGCGCGGCGCGGGGCGGCCGGUUGAUGAGUCGCACCACGGCGUGCAGGUCAACCUGGCGCACAAGAAGGUGUUCCUUCAAGGCCUGGACAAGACGGGGCGGCCCAUCGUGCUGGGGGUGGGCAGCCGGCACCGCAAGUUUGAGACCAAGGAGGACGCGCUGGCGUUCUGCACGUACGCGCUGGACACGGCCUGCGCCAUCGGCAACUCGCAUGAGGAGUGGGACGGCAAGCUGACGGGCGUGUUCGACCUGCGCAACCUGUCGCUGAAGAACAUGGACCUGACGGCGCUGCAGGUCAUGUUCGAGCUGCUGCAGAACCACUACCCAGAGCGGCUGGGCCGGCUGUUCCUGUACGAGGCGCCCGUGGCCUUCUACGCCCUCUGGCGGGCCGUCAGCCCCUUCGUGGACCCGGUCACCAAGACCAAGAUCAACUUCGUGUACGCCAAGAACGCGCACGACGACUUCGAAAAGGUGUUCGACCUGCACCUGCUCCCCACGGACCUAGGCGGUCAGGGCGACUACCACGCCAUUGAUGAGGCGCACAAGCGGGCGCUGGAGCGAGCGGCGGCACGGGCCGGCUCUGCCAGCCCCUCCGCCAGCCCUGCGGCCAGCCCGGCGGGGGCCAACGGGAACGCCGCCAACACGGCUGCACCGGCGGCCGCGGCCCCGGGCGCGGCAGCAGCACCGGGUGCGCCAGCAGCAGCACCGGCACCGGCGCCGGCAGGACCGGCGGCAGCAGCCGGGGCAGCGGUGCCGACGCCGACGACGCCCACGGCUUCCGUGUCGGCGGCUGCAGCAGAAGUGAAGGCGCCCCACGCGGCCGCGGCGGCGCAGCCUGCGGCAUGAAGUACACCGAUUGCAUCGUAGAAUGCGCCCGCAGGCCAGCGGACCACCAAAAACGCAGUGCUUGCUACUUGUGUCUUUAUUGUUGCGUGUAUGCAUAUGCCAUAGACAGGGUGACUUGACCCAAACCAUAUGUUUAUUCACUAUAUUCGCACCGCAUUGAUGUAGGACUGAUGCUGGUUUUCAAACGACACCCGCCUGCCUGAUUGGCUGCUUCCACUCUCACCCUGUCAGCCCUGGUCGUUUGCGUGCUUUCUAUGUGCACUUGCAAUCUCUGCUCGUUGUACCGUAAUGGAGAUAUGAGGGCACACGAGCUGGAGCUUCAUGCUAGGCCCUCCGGCCGUACAUAAUUAAAAACUCAACCGAAAGCAUGUGCAUAGAGGUGGCUCCAUGUAUGAGCGGCCGUGUGUGUUUGGAGGACAUGGUUGCCUGCAAAGGCACUAGGAUGCUUCCAGUGGCUGGCAGUCACAUCGGCUUAGGCCGCGUGGAUGCAUUGCGGCCAGUAGCUUGCACCGGUGCCACUGGAGAGAGGCAGAGAGCCCUCGGCUUGCAUCCGUGCCGCGCAGAUGCUGCAAGACGGGGCGCUGUGCCGUAAGGUUCACCUGCGUGGUAGUGGAAUCGGGACGUUGGAGUCGCGGCAACAGGUAUGAAAGGUGUUAAAGUUACGCCGGUGUGAAAGUUCGGCUGCGAAGCUGCAUUUUUCAUGGCCGUGUGUUCACCGCUUUUUGGAGGACCGGAGGAGCUUGACUAGUCUGGCGCUGCGCGCAAGUAGGAAGACUGCGGAUGCAUGUGCUUCGCAUGCCUGCACAGGAGUUGCUCAUAGAUGCUUGUUUAUUGCGAUUGGGCUUCGUGAUGACGUGGUGUUGGCCCAGCGUUGAGAGAAAGAUCUCCUCUUGUGUCUGUGGAGCGCGUGAACCAAUCAAAAGCACCAUGGAUCUUGCCAUGGAUGACAACUUGAGAUGCCUUCUAACCAUUGUCUGCGCC